CGCAUCGUUUCCGGCCCCCGCCAGUCGCGAGCGGCGUCCUGUUCGUCGUCUCCUGCUUCAGCGAUGCCAGUCGGCCGACGCCCGCCACGUCUCCACUGUUCGCAUCUGCUGAGAGGUUAGCGCCAUCGCACGGCCUGGGAACUCCAGUGCAGCUCACGCCCGUCCUGAACCCCGAGGGGCCCGAAGCACCCCGCGCCAAAGCUCACCUUUCAGGCAUGGCUCCCAUUCGGGACUCGGUCAGCCACUCCCCUAGCCAAACAGGUUUGGAUCACGCUGGUCUGGACCCCCAGUAUGAAAAUUCGUCCUGGAGCUCUGGCUCGACGUGCAGCGACUCGAACAGUAACUGGGGGACGGCGCUGGUAGACGGCUGCACCAAGGGGAGCUGGCCUUUCGCCACCCGUAGCGAACUGGAGUUGGUUUCAGAAUGUAUGGACGCUGACUCUGCCUCCAGCUCCGGCUCUGAGAGAAACCUCGGUACGAUGGCGUCCGGGAUGGCUGGCGGCGACGGUAGCAGGCAGGGAAACGGUCAAGGUUCUCACUUCCUGCUGGCGAACAGCAGCAAUAAUCUGGUGAACGGGAGUGUCAAGAGUCCCUGGGGCGGCUCGAUGCUAAGCACAUGUUCUGCAGAGAGUCCGAGUGACAAGCUGGCAGACGGCGGUCAUGGUAAAAUGAAUGCAUGGGGUACCCAAGGUCCCUCAACCAAUGGAGGUAUAAAUCCAAGCACUUUGAACCCAAAUGCCAACCGCGGUGCCUGGCCCGUUCUGCAGAAUAACGGGCCCAACUCUCACGUACCUCUGGGUAAAGUGAACGGCGGCACCAACACUCAACGAAGCACCAUAGGUCAAGCGCCCGGUAUGCAGAGUGUUACCUGCAAGAUGCCUUGGGGAGGUCUGCAGGAGGGCGUGGCGGAAUCUGAAGUCAAUGGUUCGAGCAAGGUUCUUAGUGGGCAUCCUCAAAACCUUAACACUGAAUUUAACGGACCAAAUAACACUACUAACACGAUGACCUCUAGCUUACCAAACUCUACAGGUUCAGUGGAGACGCCCGAACGAGGCUGGCCCACGAGCACAGGCGGCUCCCCGCGGCUCCCGACUCCUCCCGUCUCUAACGGCACUUCAGACGGGUCUUACGGUGCGGCGUGGGGCGCUCCGCCCGGCACUACUUACUCUGGAGACAAAUGCCCUGUCCCUAAAGGCCAAGCUGUGGGCGACACUGUGAAUGCAACUCUAAUGCAGUCCACCGCCAACGGACCCCCUGCUGCUUUCAAGAGUAAUAACGGCGUGGGCGGUCGCGGAGGAGGCUGGGACUCGGCGCCCGCUCCCUCUCAGACUAUGACCUGGGGAGCGGGGAACGGCAUGGGUCCUCCCGGAGCUCCUCAUCCUUGGGGUAGCGCCUCCUCCUCUUCGUCGUCCUCCUCGUCCUCGUCGAACACUGGCACUAAAGUCGCCGGGGAUUGGGCAGCGUCGCCCGGCAACAAUCAGCAUUCCAAUGAGGGCGACGGAAGGAAAGGAACCAACGGAUGGAAGUCCUUGGAGGACGACGCUCUCGGUUUAGGCGGCGCCCAGUCGUCCCAGGGCAGCACGUGGAACAAAUCGACCGGCAGCGAGGGCAGCGGGGAGAGCUCCGGCGCUCGGAGCGACAGGGGCGGCCAGCGUGACGGCGGUCACAGAACGGACAACCAGCAGAACGUACGCCAAGCUGAUGACGCUGAUGUCUCUAAAGUCGACGUGGACCCGAGGGUGCUCUCCAACCAAGGAUGGGGGCAGACCCCGGUUCGACAGAACAUUGCCUGGGAUGUAAAGAACCCCGAGAGAAAGCCUGGAAAUGGGUCACAGGGAUGGGCUAACCCGCCCCCUCAGCAGUCGACCUCUCAAGGUGGAUGGGGGGACGGUCCCGGUACCAACACUAGUGACAACUGUUCCUCCAACUGGGGCGAGAAGAAAAGCUCCGGCUGGGCAGAGGCCAAGUCUCAGAACGGUUGGGAUGAACCCUCGGGUGGAAUGAGCAAGCGUGGGUCGUCCUGGGGGAACUGCAGGGACGAGAAAUCCUCCACCUGGAACAAUGGGCCCAAGACCAAACAAGGUUGGGGCGGCUCCUCUUCUGGAGAAGGGUCGAGAGGAAACCACUGGAAUGAAACGUCCAAGUCUGGAUCCGGGGGAUGGGACAGGGACGGCGACAGUGACCGUUCUGGCUCGGGAUGGGGCGAUAAUGUGCACAGCAACAAGGGUAACACCUGGGGAGGAAGCGCAGGUACGAACGCACCUGACCAAGGUGGUCCGACCACUGGAUGGGGAGAUCCUGCGAAGUCCAACAAUCAGAACCAGGGCUGGGGCGAGCCAAUCAAAGCAAGCCACUCCAACCCAGCCUGGGACGACUCCACGCGAUCGAGCAACCCGUCCGAGUGGGGGAAAAAGGGCCAGGACGCCAGCACGGGUACCUUCAGGGCAGAAAGCGGCCCUCAGAACCACGCCCAGAACAAGCCGAGCGGCUGGAUCGGAGGGCCUGUGCCUUCGCCUCAGAAAGAGAAGGAGUCCAGCGGUUGGGAGGAGCCGUCCCCCGAGUCCAUCCGGCGCAGGAUGGAGAUCGACGACGGCACCUCGGCGUGGGGCGACCCCGGCAAGUACAAAUACAGCAACGUCAACCUGUGGAACAAGAACACGUCCGCCGAGCAGGACGACUCCCAGCAAGCGCCUCCCCCGCCCGCCCCCAGCUCCAUGGUGCAGAAAGAGAAGAGCAGCAGCUCAGGGUGGGGCGAGUCGUAUCCCGCGCCACAGAAGAUGAAGCCGCCGCCGUCCUGGGCGGAUCCCGCGGUGGAUAAAGGAACGUCUGCGUGGGGGAAGUCGAUGGAUUCGAGCUGGGAGGAUCCUGGAAGAGAGAGUGCUGCGGGCAGCGGGUGGGGCUCCCAGGCUCAGCACAAACCAGGACCAAAGCCGGUACAGGAAAGUUGGAACGGUGAGAUGAUGCCCAUGCCCUCUAACUGGGAUGAGGAGAAGGAGCCGGAGAUCGGCAUGUGGAACAAUAACGCGGCACAGGAAGUAAACCAGUCUGGAAACUGGUCCUACAUGAAGAAGGUCCCUCCUAAGGUGAAUAAAGGACCCGGGAAGCCUGACGAUCUGUGCAUGAACCAGUUUGUGAACCAGUUCUCCAACAUGAACUUCCCCAGGGACUCUGAGGACCACAUGAACGGCAAAAAGAUGGACAUCUCCUCGGGAAUGCUGGAUAAGCGGAUGGAUGUGGAUAAACACGCUGCUAGCAUGGCGGAGUUCGUGAAGCCGUCCGUCUCGCGCGGCGCCCUCCACAAGGACUCCUCGCCCUACAUGGACAAGAACGUGCACAUGUACGGCGGCGGGAACGUGGCGGCACAAGGCCGGAGCUCCCAGCAGCCCCCAGCACAACCUCUCGGCUCUGCUCAGCCCAAUCUACGCAACCAAGUGCCUCCUCCUCUGCUGCCCUCUCAGGUUCCUCCAUCGCUGUUGAAGUACCCUCCCGGGAACGGCGGCCUGAAUCCGCUGUUCAACCCUCAGCAGAUGGCGAUGCUCAACCAGCUCUCCCAGCUUAACCAGCUUAACCAGCUCUCCCAGAUCAGCCAGCUACAGCGUCUCCUCCUGCAGCAGAAAGCUCAGAAUCAGAGGCUCGUCCCCGGAAGCAACCGCCACACCCCGGAUCAGCAGGCCCGUGCUGUCGGUAUGUGCUCCAUGGUCCCCCCGCCUCGCCACAUCGAGCCCCCCCUGCUGAAGCAGCACUCCCCCCCUCAGCCUGCAGCACUGCACCAGCCCAAAUCGUACAUGGACGCCUUCAUGAACCCCAACGCCCCGGACCUGCACAAAGAUCAACACCUACUCAACUCCUUCUCCAACUUCCCUCUAGGCUUGAACUCAAACAUGAAUGUAAACAAUCUGGAUCUGGGUGGCGUCGGAUUUAAAGAGCCUCAGUCCCGGCUGAAGAAGUGGACCGCCAUGGACGUUACCGUCAACUCGCCACUCGAUCAAAACCCCAGCAAACCUGGUGCUAUGUCCUCUCUGAGGAUCGACGACGCUCCGUUCGGUCCGUACGACCUGAUAAACUCCAGUAAUUCUCCCAUCAGCCCCCCCGACCCAGUGGGGGACGGCUGGCCCACCCGUGCCAAAUCGCCUCACGCAUCGUCCAACGUCAACUGGCCACCAGAGUUUCGUCCUGGUGAGCCCUGGAAAGGUUACCCGAACAUAGACCCUGAGACGGACCCGUUCGUCACCCCUGGCAGCGUGAUCAACAGUCUCUCCAUCAACACCGUGCGGGAUGUUGAUCACCUCAGGGACAGAAACAACGGACCAUCUUCAUCACUGAACACCACGCUGCCUUCCAACAGUGCCUGGACAUCCAUUCGUGCCUCCAACCACACUAGUUCCCUCAGCAGUACAGCACAAAGCACUUCAGCCAGAAGCAGUGACUCUAAAUGGUCUCCUGGUUCAGUGUCUCACUCUUCUCUAGCCCACGAGCUCUGGAAGGUUCCACUCUCGUCUAAAGGGGUGUCGGCUCCGUCCCGCCCCCCUCCCGGCCUCACCAGUCAGAAACAGUCCUCGUCUUGGGGCGGCGGGUCUCUGAGACUCGGUGGCUGGGGCAGCUCUGAACCCAGAUACACCCCAGGUUCUAGCUGGGGUGAAAGCAGCUCAGGAAGAACCAACUGGCUCGUUCUGAAAAAUCUCACACCUCAGAUCGACGGUUCCACCCUGCGCACCCUGUGUAUGCAGCACGGUCCUCUCAUCACAUUCCACCUGAGCCUGCCACACGGUACCGCCCUGGUCUGCUACAACUCCAGGGACGAGGCCGCCAAGGCCCAAAAAUCACUGCACAUGUGUGUGUUGGGGAACACUACUAUCCUGGCCGACUUCGCCAGCGAGGACGAGAUCAACCGUUUUUUUGCACAAGGCCAGCCGCUGGGCGUGUCCUCCGGCUGGCAGAACCUGGCGUCCUCUCAGAGCCGCCUGGCCUCCGACGCCUUCUCCUCGGGGGCCGACCUGCCUUCGUCCUCGAUGUGGGGGGCGCCGGCCUACUCCAGCAGCCUGUGGAGCUCCGGGAGCUGCUCGGACGGGGGCAACCGGCUCGCCAGCCCCUCCCCCAUGGCCUCCUUCCUGCCGGUGGAUCACCUGACGGGAAGCGGCGACUCCAUGUAGAGGACCGGAGAGGGCGCGGGUGUGACCUCGGCGGCGGAUCGCGACUACAGAGUAAAACAAAACCUAUCACGGCACUAUUUCUCUCACCCACGAAGCUAAUAAUAGUAAUAAUAAUAGAAUUGAAGGGCGAGGAGGCAGGCGGGGUCAACCUGUGGAAAUACGUUACCGCGUUUUCGUUCGUUUUGUUUUCUGCACACGUGUCCACUUUCUUUUAGCCCAAAAAAAACCAGAAACAUAUCAGUGUGUGAAUACUUGAAUCAUGCAGGCCAAUAACCAUAAUGUGAACGCAUGCUGAAACCUUCCAGGUCGUCACAGGAAAUAACAAACGCACGCAAACUUCAGCCUAGAUUGUCUGAAUUCCAGUUUUUUUUUUAUUCUUAUUAGCAGGCGUUUUGUUUGCAGACGAUGUUUGUGCAGUUGAAGCUUUUCGUGUGUCUCGUUGUUUAUUAUUAUUAUUAAUAAUGUGUUUUUUUUUUACUUUGCACUGAAUGUGGUUUUUCUCAGUAUAUAAAUCUGCAAUAUCGAGGGAGCCGGCAGUUCCAGUGUAGAUGUUUACUCAAGGACGUUCUUAAAUCGCGUAUGUAUGAGUGUGUGUGUGUAAGUGUGAGAGUGUGUGUAAGUAUGAGAGUGUGUGUGUGUGCGCGCUCUACUAUGCCUUGACGUACGCCUACCUUAUCAUGGUAUUGUGGAGUUGGAGAUCAAGACAUGCUGACCUUUAGGAUUUUGACUAUUAUUACACGAUAAAUGAGAGUUGCACCGAUUAUUUUCAUAUUUUUUUCUCUUUUCUCUCGAUUUAUUUUCGUUUUUGUGUGUGUUUUAAAGAAAACUAAAGAAUUUAAGCGUCCUGCAGUGUAAAGAGACUGUAGCCGCAGCUGUGACUCGCAGAAAUACAGCACUUUCAAAAAGAAAAGAAAAAAAAAAACGAUAAAAUAGGCUUUCAAAAGACUCGCUUUGUUUUUGGGGUUCGUCUGUUUUGCGUCUCUCGAAACAAAGCGGGCGCCGUGUCGGGCUCCUCUCGUUUACAGACUUUCUCGAGGGACGGACGGACGCCGAACGCUCAUUCUUCCUUCAUUUAAAAUGAGAAAAAUAAAAUGCACAAAACCUUUAAAAAAAUAAUAAAACUACCAAAAAAUAAAAAAAUAAAAAAACACAAAAAGAUAAAAACUCUAUAAAGACGUGAGUGUUUGCAGAUGAAGACGCGGUGUUUGUAUCUCUGGGAAAUACUGAUCAGUGUUCGGCCAUGCCGUCGGUUAUUUCUCUUCGGUUUCGUCUGCUCGAUAACCAGCAUGGUUCUCAGGAAAAUAUAGCCAGUUAUUCCCCACCGAUAUAAAAAGAAUAAAAUUAAAAAACUAUAAUAAUAAAAAAAUAAACGUCCUGAUUGUAGGAAGAAUCAACUUUUAGCACUGAAACAACUACUUAGAGCCGAGUGCGUUUUUCUUUUCUCUCUCUGCCAAAUACCUGCUUUAAGCUGGAGACAUUCGACACUGGGCUCAACUGUCAAACCCCCAUCGAACCCCCCCCAAACCCUCCACAAAACCCUUCACCAAAAAUCCCCCAAAUAUUCCACUAAACUCUCACUAAAUCCCACCUCAAACCCCCCCACCAAACUCCCAUCAAAUUUUCCCCAAAUCCUUCCUUAAACUCAUCAAAUGACCCCCAAAUCCUUCUCCAAAUUUUCACCAAAUCCUUCACCAAACCCCUGCCAAUCUACUACCAGUUAUCAAACCUCCAUCAAAUUCAACUCCCACCAAACCCCACCAAUCAUCCAACCUCCAACCUUUUCACCAAUUACUUAUUAAACUCCCAUCAACCCCCCACCAAACCCUCCAUUAAAUCUCCAUUAAACUUCCAACAAAUCAUCAAAGCCUCUGCCAAACCCUAAUCGAACCCCUGCCAAUCUUUAAACCUCCACCAACCCCCAAACCUCACUUGCUUUUUCCUUAUUUCUCCCUCUUUAUUUCCAAAUUAAUUCAUUACCCCCCACUCAUUUUUAAAUCUUAAUUGUCUUCUCGUGUGUCUUAUUAUUAUUCGUUUCCAUCAGUGUCUGAGUGGUUUUAAAGAACUAAAACAUUAAAAAAAUACAAAAAAAAACAUAAAAAUAAAAAGAUGAAGCAGAAACUAUGCAUUUCCUGUAGCUCUGUGAUGAUACAAGCAAAAAAAAAACCUAAAAAAAAAAAAAACAAACGAGCGACUUUCUUUUAUCCGAAGUUUUCCAGAGAGGCGUUUAGAAAAGCUUGAUCGUGGAACAGAACCGCCUUCCGUGUUUUACAUUGCCAGAAAAUAAAAAAGCGAGGGUGGCGGCUCGGCGCGUGUCUGGCGUUUUUAACGGUCGCCCGGUCCACAUUUCGUCCGGUUGUGUUUGUUUCGGGAAGACGAUGCAACAACGUGGCUUUUAUUUUAAACUGUUUACAAACGGAGUAUGAUUGUAACGUGUACAGGUCUCUGAAGUUCAUUACCGUGUGUGUGUGUGGAUCAAUCCGGCUGCUGGUGUACUGAUUAAUACUUGUUAUUACUACUCGCUCUGACGGCGGUGAUGAGCGCGCCGUGUUUCCGUUGGUCUCUCAGCGCUGGAGGAGAAUGUACGCCGGACGCAGAGACGUCAGCAUUAGGUGAAGCCAUGGACCUUAACGUACGUGUGUGUGUGUGUGUGUGUGUGUGGCGUAUUUAAACCUGCGAGUAUUAGCCUUUAUUGAUGCCGCUGCGUGUGCCAGUAUUGUAUCGUUACCAAAUGGACUUUAAUCAGAAGCUUCUCCUGAUGAUUCCACAUUUCCAUUCGAUUUAUAUAGAAAUAUAUAAUAACAUGAUAGUGAAAUCCCAAAAUGCCUUGCGCUUCGCGUUUGCACUCGGGUGUGUACACUCACUCAUGUGUUUGUGUGUGUUUGUUUACGUGUGUGUGUGUGUGUCCACACCAUCUCUACUCCUACAUUCUAUACAGGGUGGACGAUAUGGCAUCAUUCAUCACCAUACUCCAGCCUGAUGGAACCAGCCAAUCAGAUCACUGCGAUCAGAACUAAUUCUAUUGUACUGUAAAUUGCUGCUACUGCCUGUGUUCUCUGUGCCAGCAUGCCCACCUCUCAUCUCUGGUAUUUAAUGUUCCAAGAUGAUGAUGCCGUCAUUGGCAUUGCCCCGUGUUUUGUUACGUCCAGUCCGGUUGCCCCUGUACAGCUGGAAUGUAAACGAAGUUUCCACACUUCUGGAUUCUCUGUGUUUUUGGUGCCCACGUGGUGUCGAGAGCAAAAAGCUUCCCACGACCCCUUCUGAUGAUAACCAGAGUGCCAGCAAUCAGGUGAUUGGCAGACCUGGACGCUGAUGCCAGGACACUGACCCAUCACGACCUGCUUUGUUUUUUUAAAAGAGUUUUUUUAAAACAGGAGGAAGCAUGAAAAUAAAACCAAACCCCUCGUGUAUGUGAGGGCUGCUGGAGUAUCUGCUGUAGUGCUGGCCAUCCCUAAUGUGAUGGUUUCUGGGCGUGUCCCUCCCUGUACAGUCCUCAUUCCUGCAGCUCUAGAGAAAGGAGUUAAAGAAGAAUUGAAGCAGCUUUCGAACUGAAGGAUUUGAAGAUCCUCAGAUGAUCGGUGUCAGGAUUUAGGACGCAAAGCUGUGUUGUUCAUCAGCAUCCAGCUGUUUCCAUGGAAACGUUUACGACCCCGCAUGUCUGCACAUGUACCAUCGUGCAAAGUUUACAUGCCCCAAAAACACAGAGUAUCGCACCUACCCUAACACCUGAGACCUUCACUUCUGCAAAUGAUGGAGUUGUGGGUUAAAAUGUGUUCUGGUUAUGGAAGGGAAAUGGGCGUGGUCCGAGCGUCAGAAACGUCUGAUUUCAGCAGGAGACCAGGAGAUGGAUUUCAGUGUAAGUCGUCCAGCCCUAGAAUAAAUCGUUACCGUCCCUUAUUAAUCACAAGAGUCUUAAAUCCUAAAUCUACAAUCUAACUUCCUCCUGUCCUCUGGAACCCCAGUGCCCCCCACGUUCCUACAUCAGAAGGACGAGCUGGAUGUGUUGGGAUGUUGAUGCCAUAUCAGCAAGCUUUACUCUUCACACUUGUCGUAAAUGGGUGCUGCUCCGUGUGUGUGUGUGUGUGUGUGUGUGUGUGUGUGUGUGUUGCUUUCGCUUCGCUUCGCUUCGUUCAGUCUUCGCCGGGCUAAAUGUGCCAGUCUCGGGUGUGGCGUUUUACGUGAAUACGCCGACGUUCUUACCCACGCCACAUAGAGGGUCUAAUCAGCACAACAAUCAUGGUGGUGUAGUUCCACCACAGCGGUCAGCCCGUGUGCCUCGUCUGAGGGUUCGCCGCGUCCCCGUCCAGGCUGGGAUUCACUACAGGGGGUCGCGUGCAGCCUCGCCCCUUCGCCUCUCGCCAGUUCUGUCGAGGUGAUGCUUUAAAUCCGAAGUGUGUGUGAGAACGUGUGUGUGUGUGUGUGUGUGUGCUCGUCGGAGCUUUGAUGAUGGUUCUGAUUACACUCGCUGAGUUGUAGUGAGUGAUGUGAUGCCACUGAUUUUCAUUUUUCUCGUCUGUUCUCAUGGUUUUUAGCUUAUGAAGAAGGAAACGGAUGUGCAACCAUCCACGGUCAUGCCAAACUGAUGAAAGGUGUGUGUGAUUAGAUGGCAUUGUACAAUCCUCACUGAUGACGGCGGGCGGAAGUGCAGGGUGGGUUUAAAUUGGCGUCGACAUUCUACUUUUGUACUGUACUGUGUGUCUGAUUCUGUCGUCGAAUUCUCGUGUGUGUGAGUGUGUUUCAUUCAACAUUUUAAAGAAAUCGUUCCUACUGUUUGCAAUUUUUUGACUUAAACUGUGAUUCGCUGUCGGUCGUUUGUCGUUCCGAUUCUCGAGUUUGAUUCGCCGAAACCCAAAAGAAAAAGCUUUAGAGAAAACCAGCACAAAGAGGCGCGAGGAGGAGGAAGCUCUUCCAGCGCGGAGAACAUUCGGAGAACGUCUAUGCAGCGAAGGACGAGGCUUCCAUUCGAAUAAUAAUAAUAAUCAUUAUAAUAAUAAUAUAAUUAAAUGCUAAUAAUCUCUUUAUGCUUAAUAAGAAAAUAAAAACAAUCCUAAGUGGAAUUUCGGGAAUUUGAAAAAUUCCUCCAAAUGAAACGCACGUGCCAUGACUGACUGACGUUUAGUUCUUUCUUCAAACGAAAACAAACAAAAAAACAACAAAAAAAAAAGAAUAACUAUAUUAAAAACAGGCCAGUUGUAGCAGACCUGAGCAUUAUUAACGUUUAGUGUUUUAGCAGCUUCGACACUCCUCAGCGAAGAAAUCCGAGACGUUUUUAUAUCAAACGCGGGCGGUUUUGAUUUUACACGAUAUGCACGCUGCUUCACUCGGACUGUUUGUUCUUAGUAUUUUUAUUUUAAAUGUUUUUUUUUCUUCGUUCUUUUGGGAGGGGCGGGUUAUAAACAAACCAAAAAAAACCACAUAAAAAUAAGAUUUUGUUGUAAAGGAAUUCCGGCGGCGGGCGAGCGAGCGACCUCUGUGUUCCCGCUCACGUCGCCGCGCUGGCAUAUUAGCAUGGCGGGUUAGCCGGCGAGUCGGGAGGAGACUGCACUUUUGGAAGGACAAUCCGUAUUAUCUGUACCGCUCCGCUCGUUCUUUAGAAUCAAGAAGAUUAAAAAUAAGGACGGGAAGUAGAAGUGACGUGUAGUGAUGAAUGUUUCCUCCAACGCUCUUGUUCUUUUCCUCUUUGAUGCUCGGUUUUCAGUUUUAGUGCAGAUUUUAAGUGGAAUUAAAAGUGUAGAGUAGAAUUUUUAGCUCUUUUGUUUUGGUUUUAUUUCAUUUUUUUUUGGUGUAGACUGAUGACCUGUUUGUAAAGUUAUGAUCUUAAUAUCCAAAUAUAAAGCUGUAUAAACUUGGGUUCUACCCACAGUACCUAAAUAAAAACCUCUAACGAUGAUCAAA